AUGCAAAAUCGGAUGGUGGUUUUACUUUGUAACCUGAAACCUGCAAAAAUGAGGGGAGUAGUAUCUCAGGCAAUGGUGAUGUGUGCAAGUUCACCAGAGAAAGUAGAAAUCUUGGCACCUCCUAAUGGAUCUGUUCCUGGGGACAGAAUUACUUUUGAUGCUUUCCCUGGAGAGCCUGACAAGGAGCUGAAUCCUAAGAAGAAGAUUUGGGAGCAGAUCCAGCCUGAUCUUUACACUAAUGAUGUAUGCGUGGCUACAUACAAAGGCGCUCCCUUUGAGGUGAAAGGGAAGGGAGUGUGUAGGGCUCAAACUAUGGCCAACAGUGGAAUAAAAUAA